UCUCUCUCUUCCUCUUUCUCUCUCAAUUCAAAUUUCUGUUAGUUGCAGUGUCGAAGUCGGUUGUAGCGGUUCAGUGUUUCUGUCGCCAGUUCUGACGACCACGAUGACUCUCGCGGAAGCCCAGCAACAUCUUUUCAACAAUUUAACUCUCCUUCACGAGUUCAACCCAGGCAGCGCUGAUUUCUACAAAUGCAUCAAAGAGAAUAUGUUUGGGAAACCUAAUAGAACAGCAUUUGAUCAAGUGUUGUACUACCUGUGUAACACAUAUGAUCCAGUUCGCUACAGUCCCAAAGUUCCGUGGCCCAUUCUUGAUCGCAGUCAGGAGCGUACCUUUCGUCAAAAUACUGUUGCUUUUGUAAAAGAGAUUAUCAAAGAAGUACCUCAAGCCAGAAUCCCACCAUUUUCACCUUCUUUUCUUUCAACUCCUGGAGGAGAGAGACUUACUAGGUUUAUGUGGAAAUUUUCUCUCUUGGUUCUCAAAACAGUUCUAGAAAGAGAAAGUGACUAUGCAGUACUGGAUUAUCCUACUGCUGGCUUGCACAUAUUUCAGAGCAUAACUGAGACAAAAAUGGAAGAAUUAAAGCAAGAAAUAGACGCACUCUGCAAAUUAAACAUUGAUGCAAAUAUCUAUGCUAAAAAACUGACUGAUGAUAUUGCAAAGGAUUCUAAGGAAUUGAAAGCUAUACAGGCUGAGUGUGCUGAUAUCCUGCAACGUGCAGAUUGCUGUCCGCUGUCUGAUGAAGAGAAAGCUAUCAUACUUAAUGGUGAUGAAGAGCAAAGUGAUGCUCUUCUUGCAAAAUGGCAGAAUAUUAUUGACAAUCAGGUAGAGAAAGCUGUUGAGACAUUAAACUCUCUUCGGGAUCAAAGUGUAGUGGUUAAAAAUUGCUAUGAAAGUGUCAAGACACUUGUGGACAGCAAGACCAUGCCACUUGUUUUGGAUGCUACCCAUUUUCCAUCUAGUGUGAAGGACGCUGAUGGCAAAUUGGACUUGCCCCAUCUGCUUUCUGAGGGUGCCAAUGCUGCUACAUUGUUAUUGAAUUCCAUAUCGAUGUGUGGAGGAUUUCAAUCUACCGAAUCAACAUUGCCACAAUUGGAGCACCUUAGAGAUCAACUGAAAACUGUUGAAGUCUCCUUGACCGAAACAAAAGCUGGCUAUAUGGAACUGCUGUCCGAAUAUCUUGAAAACGUUGGUUCUUCUACAGUUGAGAAUGAUCAGUCUGAAACUCCUUUGAAAGGAAGUCUGCAAAUCGGCUAUGAAAUGCUUCAAGAUGCUCAGGCAUCUACACCACCAUUGGUUUUUGACACUGAAAAUGCUCCAUUGAAAUCACGAAUUAGUGCUGAAAGUCCAAUUAACCAAUUCCCUGGUCGCAUGAAGCGUUCACAUGGAAAACUUCUACAAGAGGUUGGAACACCAAAAAGCUCUCUUAAAAAACUGUUACCAGUAUUUCCUUCCUCAAGCUCUGAGGUUAAAGUGCCAACCACUUCGGGUUUUCAAAGAAAGGAUAAUAAGCCAUCCAAGGGGUACCAAAGUAUGGCUUCUGAGUCACCUGUAGUGCAAACACCUGCGUUUUGUCCCAAACAAAAUGCCACCAGUACAGCAUGCAAGCCCUUUGUGCCAAAGAUGAACACUAGGAAAAUUUCUUCUGUUAAAGAAGAGGAUCUGUCUUCAAGUGUUACAAUUGUUGACCAACUAGAUAAGGAACCAGAAAGGGCUUGUAUUGAAGAUUCUGAUUUGGAUGCCAAAAUUUGUGUUGCUGCAUCAAAGUCUAACGCUGGGCUUGGUGAGCCUUGCUCAUCACCGGUAAUGAAUACUCAUUGUGAACAGUCUCCAAUCUGUGUUAAGAAUGAGAGCACUGGCUCCAAAAAGGUAUUGAAAAUUCCGGAGACCAAAGGAACUGAUCGCUGUAUCAAAUCGCCUCAGUUUCUUAAGACCCCUGUUGCUGGCUCUGUAUCAUCAGAUCUGAAACUUGAUCAAAGUGGUCGGAAGCAUGUGCCACCUUCAGUAAUGGUCACAACAGAUCCAUUCGACUCCCCCCAUUCUUCAUGUGUAAUAUUUUCCCCUCCGUCUGCAAACAACAGUUUUUUUUCAAUGGAUGCUGAAAUGGAAUUUCCUGCUACAUCAGUUCCUAAAUUUGAUAUUGAUUUUGAUGAUGACAUUUCUCCCUCUGGGCGAGUUAGUUUGUGUCCCCCUGUUGAGGAGAAUGUUGAAGUGCCAGCAUGUUCGGCCAAUCCAUCAAAAGUUCCUGAGAAAGUUUCAAGACGUAAAUCUAUUCAGGAUUUGAUUCAUCGGUUCCGAAAGGUUGUUGAAUCUUCUAAGCCAUAUGAAGCACCUAAACUGUCUCCUUUACAUCCAGAGGUUGACUUGCUGGAAGAUGGUACUGGUGAAGAUGAUAUUGGUAUUCAACUAGAUUUGAACCUUGAUGAUUUGAACGUGUAAUUUCUUCGACUGAAUGUAUCCUGUCCUGUUUUGUUGUUGUUAUUAUGGUGGUAUUAUAAAAUUCAGCUUAUGUCUGUACUUAGAUAUUUAUUAUUGGUGUUGGAAAUAAAAGUUUAAAUGAAAAUGUA